GAGUAGUUGGAGCAGUGAAGUGCGGGCGGUGAUGAGAGCGAAAGUUGCGCUCGGCUCGGCGCUGGGGGCUUGAAGCGGCCCCGCGCUCCGCCCGCCCGGGCCGCCCCCAGCCCCUGCCGCGCCCGCCGGGCCCCCGCGCCCGCCGCGCCCCCGUCCCGUCCCGUCCCGGCGCCCCCUCCUCAGGAGCCGGGGUCCCCGUCACUCUCGCGCGGCCCCGGCCCCCGCUGAUGCCGACCAUGGUGGAGAAGGGCCCCGAGGUGUCAGGGAAGCGGAGAGGGAGGAACAACGCGGCCAGCGCCGCCGCCUCGGCCGCCCCCGCCUCGGCCGCCUCGGCCGCCGCAGUCUCCGCCGCCGCCGCCGCCUCCUCCUCGGCCGCCUCGGCCGCCGCCGCCCCCAAUAACGGGCAGAAUAAAAGUUUGGCGGCGGCGGCGCCCAAUGGCAACAGCAGCAGCAACUCCUGGGAGGAAGGCAGCUCGGGCUCGUCCAGCGACGAGGAGCACGGUGGCGGCGGCAUGCGGGUGGGACCCCAGUACCAGGCGGCCGUGCCCGACUUCGACCCCGCCAAAUUAGCAAGACGCAGUCAAGAACGAGACAAUCUUGGGAUGCUGGUCUGGUCACCUAAUCAGAAUCUAUCAGAAGCAAAACUGGACGAGUACAUCGCCAUCGCCAAGGAGAGGCACGGCUACAACAUGGAGCAGGCUCUCGGGAUGCUCUUCUGGCAUAAGCAUAAUAUUGAGAAGUCCUUGGCUGAUUUGCCCAACUUUACCCCCUUCCCAGAUGAGUGGACUGUGGAAGACAAAGUCUUGUUUGAGCAAGCCUUUAGUUUUCACGGGAAAACUUUUCACAGAAUCCAACAGAUGCUUCCUGACAAGCCCAUAGCCAGCCUGGUGAAGUUCUACUACUCCUGGAAGAAGACGAGGACCAAGACCAGCGUGAUGGAUCGCCACGCUCGCAAGCAGAAGCGAGAGCGGGAGGAAAGUGAGGAUGAACUGGAAGACGCAAAUGGAAACAAUCCCAUUGACCUUGAGAUUGAUCAGAAUAAGGAGAGCAAAAAGGAGGCGCCCCCUACCGAGACCGUCCCUCAGAUCAAGAAAGAAAAGCACAGCACUCAGGCUAAGAACCGAGCCAAAAGGAAACCUCCGAAAGGGAUGUUUCUCUCCCAGGAAGACGUGGAGGCCGUGUCUGCGAACGCCACCGCGGCCACCACGGUGCUGCGCCAGCUGGACAUGGAGCUGGUCUCCAUCAAGCGCCAGAUUCAGAACAUUAAACAGACCAACAGUGCUCUCAAGGAAAAACUCGACGGGGGAAUCGAGCCGUACCGACUCCCCGAGGUCACUCAGAAGUUCAACGCGCGCUGGACCACAGAGGAGCAGCUGCUCGCCGUGCAAGCCAUCAGGAAAUAUGGCCGGGACUUCCAGGCCAUCUCGGAUGUGAUUGGGAACAAAUCAGUGGUACAAGUGAAAAACUUUUUUGUAAAUUAUCGACGCCGCUUCAACAUAGACGAAGUUUUACAAGAAUGGGAGGCGGAGCACGGGAAAGAAGAGACCAACGGGCCCAGCGGCCAGAAGCCCGUCAGGUCCCCGGAUGGCGCUAUCAAGGUCCCCGAGGAGGAGGAGGAGGCUGCUUCUGUUCUUGACGUCAGAUAUGCAUCUGCCUCCUGAGAAACUCAGGCAGCUUCCCGCGCUUGGUAUGGGCGCCUGUGUUACCCAGAUAUCAGGUAUGACAAGGCAUCACCUAGCCAUCUGCUCACAUCUGUGGACAAGCAGCUAUUACCAAAAAUGGCAACACUUCCGGUCCCGUGCUACAUCUGCCUUAAUUCUUUGCUCGUUCCUCCAUGUCGGCGCCACUAGCUGGAGAGCUCGUGCAUCUCACGCGCGGUCUACGCGCUGGGAUCUCGCGGCUGCACGGCGCCCUGGCCCGGGGCUGCCUCCCCAGGCGGAGCUCCGGGCCCCAUGGCAGCUCUCCCCAUCCUUCCGCCGCUUCAGAGCAGGUGGCCGCCUGGCAGGCACGCCUCUUCCUGCAUGGCCCGGAUCGCUCCUUUGUGCAUCAUGUCGUUCUCAGCAACUGGACCUGCUGGCUUCUAGAGGGUUCUCUGGUCCGGUUCGGAGGCCCCACCUAAGAGAUCAUGUUCUGGACAUCACCGUGUGUGCAGACUGCAUUGUAACCUUCAUCGUGCCAAACGUCCCGAUUCGGUCCUGCUUCCCGGGAGCGGGCAGUGAUGGCUGAUAAGCCAGUCCGCUGGCCCGCUCCCUCUGCCUGCCCGGCUGGCCCACAGCUGGCUCGCAGCAGCUCUCGUUGGACACGUAACUUAAAAGGAACGUGGACUCCACCCUCUGCCUUCAGCUCUCAGCAUGGCGACCCCAGGAUGGGUGCCGCCCUCUUCUUCCGCUCCCCCCAAAACCAACUCCAAGAGAUUGGGUCCGUACACUGCGCUGGUGCUGUGCACUUGGACUUGGUGCCUUCUCCUGGGGCAGCCGCGUUCUCAGUCCUGUUUCUGCUUCAGUGUCGUAGCUCCUUCGCGUCCAUUGCUUGCCAAAGAUGACAUCCCCGAGCGUAAGAGAGCCCGCCGCCGCGCCUGACGGAGCAGACUUAGGUGUCAGGCAGUCCACACGGGAACAGAGUAGCCGGGAGGGUUUCUCAAAGUGCACGUUGUUCCCCUCCUCCUGGGCAGCCUGGCUUCUGCCCGGCGCUCCACACCCCUUGGUCCUCAGGCCCGAUGAGGCCACACGGCCCCGCCCUCUCCCACAGCGUGGCACAGAGCGAGGCGUGAGCAGGUGGCUGGUGCUGGUGAGCCCGCGAUGAGAGCAAACAGCCCGCAGGGGUGUGCACUGCCUGGUUGGACUGGGUGCAAGUGAAACUUUCUAAGAAACGUCCCGGGACGUCCAGAGUCGCUUCUGCUCUCAGCCGACCCGGAGCGGCUGCGGGCUGUGGUGAGCCUGGCCCCCUCCCCCAGCGCCGCCGGCACUGGCCACGCUGCAGGAGCUUCUGUGGUCGUUUUCCCGUCAUUUAAACACUUUCCUGCUUUCAAUACCAAAAAAGAAAGAAGUGCGAGGCUUUAAGGCGCAUAAGCAGUUCUUAAGAAUUUAAAAUAUGCAAUUAAAAUGGGAUGUGUUUUGACUCUCAAGCACCUUGCCUUUUUUAAGUCAGCUGAUUUUAGGAAGAGGUCAGCUAGAAUCAUAGCUUGUUUGGAAUUGGACCUUUGGUUUAAAGGAAUCGACAAAGGUCAUUCAGAAGGGGCAGUAAGGUAGGACUUCCUGAGCUCGCGUCCUCUGUCCCUGCACUGGGAGUCCGGGCAGGGAGCGAGAUAACACUAGGAACCACCCACGCUUGGCCGCCUCUGCAUCGCAAGCCGGCUGUGUGAUUGCAAGUGCAGGGCACCGCGGGAGCGCUCAUACGUUUGCACAUCGCCGUGAGGGACACGGCCUGGGCAGGGGCUUUAGGCUCCUUGCUUCUUCUCGCGGCCUCCCUCCUCCCCGGUCAGCAGGGCCUCCUGCAGGGGCUCUCACUCUGCCUGCAGGUUGUCCUCCCCUCGGCCCAGGCUGUGUUCCUUGGGACCUGGUGCCCCUGGCCGCGGGAGCUUGGUGCCCGUCCUGCGGCGAGGCAGGGCCAGGCGUCGGCCUGCUUGGCACCACGUGCUCUUCGGUCUUCACCUGCUUCGGCGCCACCGCGCUGGUCUUCCCGCCGGCACAGCAGCUGACGUGGGCUGUCUCCCGGGGAAGGGGCCUGUGGUUUCCGUCCGCCAGAAGGAAGAGGCGGCGUCUUGGCCUGGCUGCUGGCUGCUGGCUGCUGGCUGCUGGCUGCUUCCUGCUUCGCCGGUUUCACACCUAAGAGCACGGUGUCCUCAGCUGUCCUCACUGUCUCUGCAAUGAUGUAAAUGCAAGAAACCACUUUGCUGAAAGCGAGUGACUGGUCUCACCGAUGUGAAGACCCUUUUAAACAUAUCAAGACUUCGGUGCAUCACAGGCGUGCGUGGGGCGGGAGGUCAGGGACCAUGUUCCCUCAGCUUCGUCUUCUUAAAGAGUAUCAAUGUGAAUGUCAUAAUUAUAUCUAUUUUUGUGCAAGAUCUCUCCUAAGUAUAAGUUAUUGUGCAAAAUAUAGUACCAUUGAAACAAAUGAUAGUUUUAGUUUAGAAAUCCUAAAAGAUAUAAAUUGUAUUGCGUAUGCAUUAAAAGUUUGUUUUAUUUAACUUUA